UCUAAUAGUACUCAAAGAAUCUUUUUAUUUCCCUGUGUCAGCAGAGUGCUCGGAGGGUCAUAGUACUGCUAGUAAAGGACUUUGAGGUCUCGGGGAGGAGGAGGCUAUAGAGGAAUGCCAAGCACCUUUUCCCAUGUAUAUGUUCUUGCACACACAUGCAUAGGUUUGUAAUUUGAAACUCUCUUUACUUCUGGACAGGCUUUGCAAACUGCUUAGACCACAUUCUCUGAGGUGUUUAAAGAGGGUGGAGUAAGCAGUAUUUAUUUAGGUACUCUACAAACCUUAAUAAGAAUCGAGUGCUUGUAGCAAUCGCAGAGAACAAACAGAAAGCCAGCUGGCAGAAACUGAACAGUGCCACUGCAUUUUUAUUGCUUCUAACACAAAAAAAAUAUAUUAUUACAAAAAAUGUCUUUUUUAAUUUCUUUUAUCUCUGAUCCUGUAUUAAUUUGUCUGCUCUGUGCAGCAGUAUUAUUAGCUGUAAUCUAUUUUUCAACUGGCUCUAAAAAUUCAUCUUUUAAAUUGCCUCCUGGUCCAACUCCUCUUCCGAUCAUUGGUAACCUGCAUUUGGUGGAUAUUAGAAGGCAAGAUAAAUCUCUAAUGAAGCUUGCGGAAGAAUAUGGCCCGGUCUUCACGCUCCAUUUUGGCUUCCAGAAAGUUGUGGUCCUGACUGGGUAUGAAGUUGUGCGGGAGGCGCUUGUGAACUACACAGAGGAGUUUGUAGACAGACCAUCCAUCCCAAUAUUUGACCAAAUUCAGAACGGAAACGGUGUCUUCUUCUCCAUCGGGGAGCUGUGGAGAACAACGCGGAGAUUCACCGUGUCCAGCAUGCGCAACCUCGGCAUGGGCAAACAAAUGAUGGAAGGGAAAGUCUUUGAGGAGCUUCACUUCCUUAUCGAGAUGAUCAAAUCCUUCAAAGGGGAACCUUUCAGCCUGAGGUCCUUCAACAUUGCUCCCAUCAACAUCACCUUCCUCAUGCUCUUUGGGGACAGGUUUGACUACAAGGACCCAACAUUUCUCACUCUCUUAAGACUCAUAGAUGAAGUUAUGAUUCUUCUGGGAUCUCCCUAUUUGAAUUAUUUCAAUUUCUACCCAUUCCUCGGAUUUCUCUUCAAAACCCACAAGAUUUUGCUUGAGAAAAUAGAAGAUGUGCGUGCCAUUAUAAGGCAAUACAUGAAGGCAAGCAGGGAAGAUAUCAAUGAGAACAGCGUGAGGAGCUACACUGAUGCACUGAUAUUCAAGCAACACGAGGAGAAAAACAAGAAAGACAGCAUCUUCCAUGAUGAAAACCUAAUAGCAUCCAUACUGGAUCUGGUCAUGGCAGGAACAGAGACCACAGCCACGACGCUCCAGUGGGCCAUCCUGCUGAUGAUGAAGUACCCGGAGAUUCAGAAAAAGGUGCAAGAGGAGAUUGGAAGAACCAUCAAAGUUGGAACAUGGGCCACGUACGAGGACCGGAAGAACAUGCCCUUUACCAACGCGGUGUUACACGAGGUGCAGAGGUUUAUCACCCUCCUGCCCCAUGUUCCCCGCUGCACUGCUGUUGACACCCACUUCAGGGGCUACUUCCUCCCCAAGGGUAUAAUCGUAAUCCCAUCACUCACUUCUGUGCUGCUGGACAAGACACAGUGGGAGACACCACACCAGUUCAACCCCAACCACUUCCUUGAUGCUGAAGGGAAUUUUGUGAAGAGGGAGGCUUUCCUGCCCUUCUCCACAGGGAGAAGGAACUGUAUCGGAGAAAGCCUGGCCAAGAUGGAGCUGUUUGUCUUCUUUGUAGGAUUGCUGCAGACAUUUACUUUCCGACCCCAGCCAGGAGUUUCAGAGUCCGACUUGGACCUCACUGUCCCCCAAACAACUUUCACGUUAAGGCCUCGGCCGCAGGCAACCUGUGCUAUCCUACGUGAAUAACCACAGCUUCGCUGAAGAGCCCCCCAGGCAAGCGGGGAAGCUGCUAAGGCCCAACUUAGCUUGGCUAGGACUCACCACCCCCAUCCUGACACAUCACGCUCGUAAUUCCUUCUCGCUGUCUCCAUCCACUCCCACUCCACUGCCCUCCACCUCUCCAUCUGCCCCGCAGGUCACUGACCCGCUCGUUGGUCCCGAGCUGCGAGGGGGUGCAGACGAUCGAUGUCAAACUGUGAUCCUGGCUCACCAACACAUUCUCCAGAGAGGGAGGCUGUGCCUGGAGCAGCUGGAAGGACCACGGAGGAUGUCUGGUGACAUGCACACAGUCCAUGAGAUGUAGGUGUGACAUCCGGGCUCCCACGGCAAAGCAGUGAGGUUGAUAACAUUGCACAAAUCUGCCCCGAAUUCCUGGGGCAGACACACUGACACUCACGGGGAGUCACAGAAAUAUGCCAUGGGUCACACAGUUGAACCAUCUGCAGGUACCUCCUGAACCAAGCUCUCCAUAGCUUCUAGGCAAAUUCUGUCGGGCUAGGCAGCCAGGUCAAACACAAGAGUGAAAAAUAACAGACCAGUUCAUGUGAUUUGGGGAUGAAGUUCUUUAUGCCUUGGAACAGAGUCCUGAAAGACACCUCAAAGUCUGCGAAGCUGUUUAGAUAGCUGAGUGCUGCUACCACCAAGUUCACUGCUGCUUCACAGCCUGAAAGAAAGAAGAGCUACAUUUCUGACACCAGUUAAUAUUUGUACCAGCAACUGAUCAUAAAAGGCUAAUGAUACAGGAAAAUAAACAAGAGCAAUUUCUCAUUUUACGACUCUCUGUUUUUCCUGACCAUGUUGAAUAGGAGCAAAUGUUUUCCCUCUCUCACAUCUCCUGGGGAAUCAAUAUGGUAUUUGGGACACUUUGGCCACUGGAACCGACCGUGCAAAUAGAGUCUAAUUUCACGGUGCCUACAUUGCAUACACGCACUCAAGGAGACUUGGGAUCAGGGAUUAGAAGUGACCUGGUUUUGGUUAUUUUCCUUUGCUCUGUGGCUUUAUCUGGCUGCUGUCCCUACCUGUAGCACUCUUAUCUUCCAUCACACUCUGCAAUCCUAUUCCAGUUGAUGUAUAGCUCAGGCAAUUUUCCAUCCGCAUAACCACCUGUGAAUUGCCUUUUCCAUAUGCAUUAUCUUAUCAUGUACUUUAUCACACUGUUUGUCUCCCCCUUCAUGGGAACCCAAUAAAGUUUUAAUUUUC